GAUGCAGCGAAUGUUGAGAAAUAUCGUCAAAAAUACCGUUUAUAUGGACAUACCCUGGACGUUCUGCAUGCAGAAUGGUCAAAAGACGCCCGGUAUCUUGCGUCGUGUGGUAUGGAUAACAAUGUUAUUGUUUGGGAUGCGAACAAUUUACCGAGUUGGUUUUGAUUCAGAUUUAUUUCACAUGGUCGAUUGGUUCAUUUGA